UAGCGGCGGCAAAGCAUAGGAAAAUGAAAACGGCCAUGUCGUGGUAGAAGUCAGUUUAGAGACCAGCGGGUUUGAGUCACAACUUCUUAGCUCAUUUAAUCAGUCGCGGAAGCCGUAGAUAUUUAAAGAAAACGUCUAGUCUUCCGUCUACAUUCCAAAUCUUUGGAAUUAAGUGUAUUAAAACCACAGGGCAAACAUGAGUGGAGGAGGGACGCCGUAUAUUGGCAGCAAAAUUAGCCUAAUCUCCAAGGCCGAGAUUCGCUAUGAAGGAAUUUUAUACACCAUCGAUACGGAAAACUCGACGGUAGCUCUUGCUAAAGUUCGCUCAUUUGGCACAGAAGAUCGGCCUACUGACAGGCCUAUUCCGCCUCGCGAGGAAGUAUUUGAGUACAUCAUCUUCAGAGGAAGUGAUAUCAAAGACCUAACAGUUUGCGAGCCACCUAAAGCUACAAGCACUCUCCCUCAGGACCCUGCUAUAGUUCAAUCGUCAAUCGGAUCCUCCAAUGCUGCAGUACCAUCUUUCCAGUCUGCUGGGCCCUAUGCACCAUUCAGCAGAGCCCCUGUUGCACCUUACAGCCAGUUUGGUGUUACACCGCUCCCUGCUCAGCAGUUUGGAUCUGCUGGAGCAGGAGCAGGACACACUAGCCCAAAGCUGGACCCUUUAACCAAAGGUUCCAGUGUGGAGCAGGCCGUGCAGGCCCCACCAGCACCAGCCGCAGCUCCACCUGCUCCUGUUGGACAGAGGAGUCAGACGGCAGCAGCCCCUAGAGCCCCCAGCUCUACCACUGGCAGCCAUAAGCCCCCAGACCUUCUGGAGCAGAGAAAAGCUCUUGAUGUUCAAAAAGUUUCACAUUCCAAUAUUGAACAAGCUGCUGUUGAAACCAGAGAUUCCAGAGAUAGGCAUCAAACUGCUGGUGCACAGUCGACCCGCCGAGGUCGUGGAAGAGGAAACCGCAGCAGAGGCAAAGUUAAUGUGCGCAGGGAUAUGGCCAUGAAAUUUGAAGAAGAUUUUGACUUUGAGACUGCCAAUGCCCAGUUCCACAAGGAUGAGAUUGACAAGGAGCUGCAGAACAAGCUCAGGCUAAAAGAUGACAAGACUGACAAAGCGCUUAAUGGAGAGCAAAGUGCUGAUACGGAACAUCUGGCCAGUGAGGGAACCACUGAGGAGGAGGAGGCCGCCACAAACCCAUGCUAUUAUGACAAGUCAAAGUCCUUCUUCGAUAAUCUGUCCUGUGAUGAUCCAAGUAAAACAGGUGAAAGAGGAUUUUCAAAGGAUCGAAGGCCAACAUGGGCUGAGGAGAGACGAAUGAAUGCUGAGACAUUCGGCAUCCCUCUGAGGUACCAUCGUGGACGGGGUGGUUUCCGUGGCAGAGGUUUCAUGGGGCCCCGUGGUGGACGAGGUUGGCCAGUAAACAGGGGUUCCUUUGGGCCCCCCAGGGGUGCUCCACCGGGUUUCAGAGGAGGCAGAGGAGGCCGUGAUUUCUCAGAUUUUGAAUACAGGAAGGAUAACAAGGUAGCUGCAUAGUACUGCAGCAGAGGAUCCACAAACGAUCAUCCCCCAUCAUUAAACUGAUCCAUGUCAAGACAUCUUCUUGCGUCUUUACGAUUGACAGAAGGAAUGAAUGUUCAGUCACAGCACCAGGGUUGACUGUUACACAUUAGUGGUCCAACAAUUGGGUGAUAUGAUUUGUUUUUGUUUUUUUGACCCAGAUGUUCUGUUUGCUGACCAGUCACAAAAUGGGCAAAACGUGUAAAUACACUGUUCUUUGAAAUAACUCUGUAUUUUUGCAUCAGUCUAGUAGAUUUCAUGCCAAUGUUGAUCGCUGUGUGCAGAAACCCCACUGAUACUGUGAGUGGAUCACACUUUGUGAUCAAUUGCUUUGGUGUUGUCCUUUCAGUUUUUCCAUUUUACAACUUUUUACAAACCUUUUUUACAUUUUCAGUGAAGUAAAGAGUUCGAGACCAGCUGAAAGAACUGAAUAUUAUAAUGAAUGUACGUAUAUCUAGCUCUUAUUUAGUGCCCCCAGCAAUUCACUGCUCCAAAGGCUCACUCAUGUAUAGUUUAUAGAAAGUCUUCUUUAGCAUUUAGAAUCAUUAUGAUACUUUGCGCCCCCUCCCCAAUUAGAUCAUUUGUUUCCACUUUAGGUUUGUAGCUGGCUCAUUAACGAUGGCAACAAAUAGCAGCCAGUCUUUACUGUGUGGAAUUUAGCCUUAGCUUUAGAAGUAAUGUUGACUGUAGGUUUUUGAGCAGAUAUUUCAGAGUGGACUGAGCAAAAAGCAUUCUUUUUGAUUUGUCUGAUUAGGAUCAUCACAUUAAUGCCCUUUGGAAUUUCUUUAAUGUUCUGUAGGUUUUUUUUAUUUAUACCCUGCAGUCAAAUUGACCUUGCACAAGUUAAAAAUGCUUCACUGUUUUGCCAAAAAUAAGAGAAUGUGAGCGUUGAUUAAGCUAAAAUAUUAUUAGCCUGCAAGUAUGCGUGUUCUUAUCCGUUAAUCAUCUUGCUAUGACGUCAAGUGAGUUGCUUUUCCCCCUGUCUCUACAAUCAGCUGUUUUCACUGCGGAACCUAAAGCGUUAGCAGUAAUUUGAAGAUUGUUUCAGAAAAGUAGGAAAUCUUGUAAAUGGAUUGAAAGAAGUCUUGCAUAUGUUCCGUGCUUGUACAUCCACUUGUUGCAUUGUUGUCAAUGUGAUUGGUGUGUUUUUGGUUGUUUUUUUUUUUGUUUUUUUUUUACUGACUGGUUAACAAAGGGAUAACUGACUGCAGUUCUAGUGUAAUGGAAGGAUCAGUGGGAUUUCUUUAGUCCUUUUUUUAACCCCUGUUUAACUUUUGAAAAAAGUAUUAUAGCACUACAGAGUCAAACAAGAUCCAAGCAGCCCAGUUAUUUAAUGUGCUGUUUAACUGGAUAAACUGUUCAUCACUGCAUGUUAGCUGUAGGGACCAUUACUUUACAUGAGCAAAAACCAGCAGCAUUUAAAAUUGAGUAAAAGUAUUACAGAGCAGUUUUCAUAUGUUUGUUACUCCUCUUCACUGGAAUGAUAAACCAGGGAUUGUUUUCUUGAAUAUCAGCAAAACUUAGUUUUUACAUCAAAUAAAGAAUUGUGUACAAUA